GACGUCUUGUACCAACUCGCGUCAGUUGGAGGCCUUCCUCUUCCGCAAACAAUGCCAACAGGAACAGGCAAGCGUGAACGGGAAGAGGACACGGCUCCCGUAGAUUCUUUGUCGCAGACUGGACAAUCCGAAUCUGGGCCACGCGCUAUCGCAGGGUCGAGCCGCGUUGCGGGAAAGGGUGGCAUCCAACAGUUGCCUCAGAGCACUCACCUUCCGCCCGUGUCGUUGAAUCAGGAUGCACCAGCGGUAUACUCUCAAAUGCAGCCGCAACAACGAACACACCAGCAGCUCACGCAACUGCCUAUGUAUGAUCAGAUGAGCUCUGACGCAGCUGCGUCGUCGGUUCUGCACCCCCCACAAUCCCAACAUGCCCUUCACCUAAAUGGUCUUGACCCCUUUCAAGCGUGGCUCAGUGGUGAGAUUAGUAGCCUGGACCUUCCGUCCGUCAUGAUGGCCUAUGAUGGCUCGUACAUUGGGGCCGCUGAGAGUGGCGGCUUUUCUAUGCAUGAGUUCGCCGCCGAUACUGCAUACGUCAAUGCGGCCCCGCACAUGCCUUAUCGAAUCGAAGACUUCCUGUUCCACUUGAUGCAGUCGCAGCAGCAGCUACCGGGUGCCGAGGCCGAGGGUACGACCGUGGCCGGAGUAGAGAGUAUGGAUAUGGAUAGGAUGAUGAUGGCCUCGCAGCCCACGUCGUCAGACGGUAUGUUGUCAAUGUGGUCGAAUGCCUCUAAUGGCUUCGAAGUGGACAGUUGGCGCGCGUACCUUAACAGUGUGUCUGGCACGAAUUACAACAAUGGAACCCAGCCACAGGACCACGGCUCGUAAAGCGGGAGUGCGGAGGCCUUAC